AUGUCUCGCAUGGGCUAUGUAGCACCCUACUUUAUGCCAUUGGUAUGUUCGAGCAAGCUCUGGGUCAGAAUCAUACUUUUCUUCAAUCUGCUGGGCCUGUUCACGCUGGCCUUUGGCCUUACUCAAUUGCUGGUAUCGCAAUAUGACGAAAAUAAUAUGUUUGGACCCAAUGGGCAAGACUAUUUCAGGACCUCAUUGCUAGGGUUUCUUUCACCGUUGGCGCUUUAUUUUCUUCGGGACUUUUUGCUGGGGCUCAACCCUCGAGCCAUCCUGGUCAACCUGUUUGUGGACUUUCCGUUUAACGACUGGUUCGGCUUGUUAAUUAUCUUCUGUCUCGCUUACCCCCAGGUACAAGACGAGGCUAUCACCGAGAAGCUCGACGAUACCAUCUGGCAUAUCAUACCGAAACAAUCAGCGAUUUUCGGAAUCUCAUGGUCGUUAUCUGAACUUCUGCUGUGUCUUAUGCAAAACUCGCAAAGGUACGAAGAAUUACCGUCGCCGGCUUCCGCUAGACGCCAGCUCGAAAACCAAUUAUUGCAAGAGGAGCAGGACCUGGCUCGAAACAACAUCACUUUGUCGAAAUGCAUAGACUUGAAACGGAAAUCCUCGCUUAUUUCUGACAACGUCUACUCUCACCAACUCCAAAGCUCUAUUUCAAAUGACGCAGCAGAUAAGUCAUCAGACACCUUUUUCGUGAAUUUUAACGACAGUUCGAUGGCACUGCUGCGAGAUGCAGAGCAAGGUCCUGGUCCUCGAUCGAGUUCCCAGGAAAGACGGUCCCUGCUCUUCCCCGGUGCAGUCACGUAUUUCCCGGAAAUCGUUUCUAAACGUCAAUUUUUAAAGGAGCUGUUUUUGAUCAAUUUACUUGUUAUCGAUAGCAUUUUGCUAAUAGUGGGCCACUCUUUCAUCAUUUCGAUGUACUUCAUCUACGUACCGGGGCAUGAUCGACUUUUUGCCCCGGCGGUGAAAUACUUUGGGUCCCGUACUUUUGGCUUUUUUACGCUUAGCGUUGUGUGGCCUCUGUCGACUUGGAGCUUUGUGAUUGGUGUUUUCCUUUUUGUAUGGAAAGACGCUGGCGCCGAACCAUUGAAUAACUUGCACAAAUCCAACAGUUCUCCCAGUCUGCAUAUUCACACUUCUAGGCCGGAAAGUUUGCAGUACAUUUCAUCUGAUCAGCUUUUUGUGAUGAAUUCCAUCUAUACGCAGGAUCUGAUGACAGCAAACGAGGACAACGAGCCAUUGAUUUUGCGAGUUUUGCGCAGACUCAUGGCCCUGUGGCGAUCUCUUUCAAUUCAUAAGAGCUUUCCUGUAAUUGGUCUCACGUUGUGGUCAAUCUUGAUGUUUUCACUGGGUAGUGUCGCUACCAUCGAACAGUGA